AACUGCAGAUCAUUAGCACGUUAUUUCCCCUUGCUGCUUUGCAUGUUGGCGGGACCAAUGCAAAACCAGGCAGACUGUGAUCUUAAUACCAAGCUGUACAACAUGAAUACCACAUUGUUCAGCCAACCAGACUCAUUCGGCGUUCAUUCGUGCAAGCGGCUUAAUAUUAUUUUGUUAAUCAAGUCGGAUGCUGAAUCAUACAAGGCUGGGAUAGGAUUGAAACCGUGGGUACUUUGACCGGCCUGAGCAGCCAAGAUGGAUAAAGUCUCCAUACUUUUUAUUAUCGCUCCACUGCUGUUGCCGUGUUGGUCCGAGAGACAGUUCUUCCACCAGUCCAGAAAUGCCUCCUGGGCUGAGGCGAGGCAACAUUGCCAGGUGUGCUACAAGGACCUGGUGACGAUGAGCUACGACAACAGCCUCCCUCUGGUAGAGGGGGCCAAGAGCCCGCAGUGGAUCGGUCUCCGCGAGACGUUCAACGAGACUGAUGCGCCGUGGUCUGCCUGGGCCAACGGGGACCCCAUCACCUUCCAGAACUGGUACCCCGUGAAACCCCCGCCCCCUGUUGUGGAGCCCUGCACCACUAUCGCUGCUCCCACCGUUGAUACUCGAAAGACUACUUUAACCACCAAAGGCCUUCCUGAAACCAGUAGCAGUGGCUUCACUGGAACGGCCUCAGGUGAUACUCAAAAGAAAGCUUUAACCAACACUGCCCUCCCUGAAACCAGUAGCAGUGGCUUCACUGGAACGGCCUCAGGUGAUUCUCUACAGACAGCUUUAACCAACACUGCCCUCCCUGAAACCAGUAGCAGUGGCUUCACUGGAACGGCCUCAGGUGAAACCAGUAGCUUUACGCAAACUUAUUACUCUGAUAUGACUUUCCUAACGACGCCGCAAUACGUCAGAGAGGACUGUGUGGCCAUGCACCACUUCGGACCCUGGGUGGAGGAAGACUGCAAUACAGAGUUGCCUUAUAUCUGCUAUGAUGACCGCUACUAUGGCAUCGCCUCGGUUGACCGCGACGCCACAACCGCGACGCUGAGCUGGGAGACCCCGUCUGGGAUUAUAAGCAGCUACCGCGUGGAAGUGCAUGGGGGUGGUUCCCUGAACGUUAGCGUCGAUAGUUCGCCCUAUCAAAUCUCCAACAUGACCCCAGGCACCAAAUAUGAAGUGCGAGUGUUCGCGGUGAAGUGCGACCGGGAACUGAACUCGCAGAAUAUUUCUUUCAUCACCAAGCCGGAGACGCCGUACAACCUCACCGUCGAGAACAACACGGAGACCUCCGCGGCCCUGCGCUGGGAACGGCCCGUGGGCGACCUGGAACGCUACUGCGUGAGGGUCGAAAAGAAAGAAAGACGGAUCCGUGACGUGACGGAUCCGUGCAAUUAUUAUCCCGACAAGGAAGAAGCGGUGGUCAAGGAUUUGACCCCCGGCAAUAAGUACACGGUGUACGUGCUGAGCGUCACCGGGGACGUGGAGAGCGAGAAUGCCAGUAUCACCGUGCUCACCAGUGAGUCCGCCGACUGCCGCCUCCCUCGGGGUCGUCAUGGCGACGGGCCCCUUUCCUCCAAGGCCUCUCGUUGAGUCGGGACGAGAACCGCCGGAGUCUCCCCAUCAUAGUAGGGAGUGGUUGCGAAUGCAAAAAGACUGCAAGCGCAGCCACACCUAGUUUCAAUUCAAAUAGACUCGGAAAGACGAAGUUUGUUAGAAUUAUUAGAGACAAGGAUAUGUUCUGUUUUUAUAAUUUUAUAUCAAAUUUAUGAAUGUUAUAACUUUUAUUCUAACGCCCAUUCCUUGGUUAAAAAACGACAUUGUAGCCCCAAAAGCUGACUUGUGAUGCUAAGCACAUUGUGCUUUUAUCAGGGCUUCAGAAUUUGGGUUGGAUGUGAUGUCGAUUUUCGCUUAUUCACAGUCGCAGUUUGAAAGGGUUCCACGGGCACUCAUUCUGCAGACUCACACUCCUAACAGCUAGAAAGAGGAACGACGGAUCCCUCGUUCCGAGUUCUCCUCUGAAAAUGAGGGGAGUUUUGAUCGGAUGGUUCCCCCCCCCCCCCCUCUCUCUCUCUCUCUCU